GCUCCAUACAUACAUGGCUAUUAAGAGUGCCGCCCCCAGGGUUUGGAUAUCCUGGGGUACUAGCGCGGGCUGUGAUUGGUCCGGUCGGUCCCAUGCACUGUAAGCCACUGUUGCCUGCAUGUGCCUUCGAAUUCACGAGGAAGUGUGCACCUCGAGAAUUCUCGACUUCUGAGAUUCACUCUUCUCUUUUCUGAAGUUGACUCAGUCCCAUAGCUUUACCUUUUCCUUUUGUGUGUGCUCGCCAAGAUGAGUACUCAUACCGCGCGUGACCGAGCAGUUCGCCGAGCACGGCGAUCAGCAAUACGCAGCCAGGAUGCCCAUGAGUCUCGACAUCUUUCACAGCCGGCACCCAGCAAUGACGACGUGAUUGAUCUAACGGGCGAGCCAUCGUCGCCGUUGCGUGGGGAUCGAUUCCAAGGCGAGGCCCGAGAACAAGAAAAUCCACGCCACGACAAUCUCUCCGACAACAGAACAAAACGAGACCAUCACGGCGAAGCACAAGCACGACCACCACAACGACAAGAACCUCAGGCAACACCAGACGCCAAGAGCGAAUUCGAGUAUGGAGACGCGCGGGCAGAGGGGGAUGAUGGAGCAGACGGGCAAACCAUCGACGAGGACGACACAUGUCCCAUCUGCCAGCUCCUGCUGCACGACCCGGUCCGCACGACGUGCAACCACACGCUCUGCAGCUUCUGCAUGGCGACCUGGGCGUCGGUCUCGCUCGCGGCGCCCAUGGCCAUAGUCGACGUUGACGAGGUGCCCGUCGACUUCGACGCCGUGCAGGACCUCGAGGCGCGGUGUCCCAUGUGCCGUACGCUGACUGCCGCCCGGCCCGACACCCAGAGGCGCGAGGCACUACGAGAGAAGUACCCCCGGGCCUAUGCGAUGCGGAGCGCCGAGGUCGCCGCGGAGCAAUCUCUGGCCGGUGGCACGGGCGGCGGUGCGGGAGUCCAGACAAUCACGGUAUACAUUGGCAACCGCCACACCCUCGUGGCGCCUUCGCCCAGCGGCCUCCAGGAGAACCAGCACGAGUGGGAGUUCUUUGUGCGGCCCUCGCGCACGGACAUCAUCGAGGAGGUGCACAUGCACCUGCACCCGACCUUCCGUCCCAGCCGGGUCGUCCGGCAGCGCGCGCCGUAUGUAAUCACCCGGCUUGGCUGGGGCGUGUUCCAGGUCACUGCGGAUGUGGUGCUCAAGGCCGGGUACGAGUGGGUGAGUGAUGAUGCGCGGGACACGGUGGACGGGGCGAGGCGUGGGGUGUUGCCGCUCGAGUGGAUGUUGGAUUUUGAGGGGUUUGGAGGCAAAGGCAGCAUGGCGAGGUGCAGGUUGAAAGUGAGACGGGAAGGGGUCCAAGCCAGCGGCGGUGCCGAGGACGAGGAUGCGGAAAUGGCGAGGGAUGCAAGAGAGACGAGGAGGAUGGUGAGGCAGUAUGAGAGGGAUGGCAGAUACGAGCCAUCUGCUACUCGACGGCGUCGACAGUGAAAGGGCCGACUGGUGUAGAUAACGGUCAUGGACGGGGUUAAGGGAUCUUUGGAAUUUCCAACCUCAGGCAGAGGAAACCGACGUUUCCUUAGUCGAGCCAUGGAAGGCCAAAAGACCUCACACCUCUCACUGAAUAAUCAAACCAGACAGACAACAUUGGCAAUAUUAAUUAGCAGCGAGUUUCCUCAUUCAAAUUGAGUCGCUUUUAAUUAAUUUAAGCAACACAUAUCGACUAAGCACGAACAAAUCAAUAUCUCCCCGAAAGCCACGUAUUUUUUUAUUUACUAGGAG